AUCUGGGGACAGGGAGGGGUGCAGCGCAUGGGGACACCCCUGGGGGAGAGCGAAGGUGGGGAGGGCGAACCGGUGCCCGCGAAGACAGUGGUCCUGGAGGACAGGCAGGAAACUCGCUGCUUCCUGGAGGAGGAAUCUGGAAGAGCCCAAGAGGUAGCUAUUUUCAUCCUCUGACUACAGCUGAGAAAACAAACUCAGAGAGGUUCAGGAACUUUUGCAAAGUUGCACAGCUGUAGGGGACAGGAGCCAGCCAAGUUUGCCUGACAUCCAUCAACCAGGUCCUGGACACGUGGUCCCAGCCCAGCUUGGCCCUUGCUUUGCUGUUGUGGCACCCUGCCCAAGCCCACAGCCAUGGCCAUGGCCCAGAAGCUCAGCCACCUGCUGCCCAAUCUGCGGCAGGUGAUCCAGGGGCGUCAGCCAUCUCUGCAGCCAGAGCCCGUCUUCACGGUGGACCGAGCGGAGGUGCCGCCCCUCUUCUGGAAGCCGUACAUCUACGUGGGCUACCGGCCGCUGCAUCAGACCUGGUGCUUCUACUUCCGCACGCUUUUCCAGCAGCACAAUGAGGCGGUGAACGUCUGGACCCACCUGGUGGCGGCUGUGGUGCUGCUGCUGCGGCUGGCCAUGUUUACAAGGACUGUGGACUUCUGGGGAGACCCGCACGCCCUGCCCCUCUUCAUCAUCGUGCUCACCUCCUUCACCUACCUCUCCUUCAGUGCCUUGGCUCACCUCCUGCAGGCCAAGUCCGAGUUCUGGCAUUACAGCUUCUUCUUCUUGGACUACGUGGGGGUGGCCUUGUACCAGUACGGCAGUGCGCUGGUGCACUUCUACUACGCCAUCGAGCCCACCUGGCAUGCCCGGGUACAGGCCAUUUUCCUGCCCACGGCCGCCUUUCUCGCCUGGCUGUCCUGCGCUGGCUCCUGCUGCAGCAAGUUCAUCCAGAAACCAGGCCUGCUGGGCCGCACUUGCCAGGAGAUGCCCUCGGCGCUGGCCUACGCGCUGGACAUCAGCCCCGUGGUGCACCGCAUCUUGGUGUCCCCUGGCCCUGCCGCGGAUGACCCAGCCCUUCUCUACCACAAGUGCCAGGUGGUGUUCUUUCUGCUGGCUGCUGCCUUCUUCUCUGCCUUCGUGCCUGAGCGCUGGUUCCCUGGCAGCUGCCACGUCUUUGGGCAGAGCCACCAGGUGUUCCACGUCUUCUUGGUGCUGUGCACGCUGGCUCAGCUGGAGGCUGUGGCACUGGACUAUGAGUCCCGGCGGCCCAUCUACGAGCCUCUGCACACCCGCUGGCCCCACGACUUCUCUGGCCUCUUCCUGCUCACUGCGGGCAGCAGUCUCCUCACUGCGUUCCUGCUGAGCCAGCUGGUGCGGCGCAGGCUUGAUCAGAAGACCAAGUGAACGGGGAAGCAGCUGGUAGAGAAGGGGAAGUAGAGUGGGGGACAGAGGUCUGGCCUUGGCUUCAGAGGGGAACAAGUCCUGAUAAAGUCGUUCAUGUCUGGCCUGCGGUGACUGUGUGUACACCUCAACUGCCUGGGGCAGCACUGGCCAAUCCCUGGGUUUGGAGAUUGGCCGGGAGCUGCGGGGGUCUGCUCCUGGGCCUGCCCCAGCUUCCUGCCCUGAGAGAGGGAAAGAGAGAAAGGCAUUGGCCGCCCUGGCUUGUCCCUCCUCUCCACUUACUGGGGUUGGAGCUGGGAGUCACCUUGAGUCAGGACCCCAGUUUGGGGCUUCCAGAUUGUGGGUGGGAGGUAAAACUUAGGCCAGAGUCAGAUUUGAGCUGAGAGGCAGGGGAGGCCUCAGCAACCCACCUCUACUCAGAUUUCAUGGGUGGAUGGGGAAGGGGCAGGGCCCAAAUACGUGUGGGAUCUUGCCGUCCCUUGCAGUGCAGCCUGCAGCGUUGGAGCUCUGGAGACCCCCAAAGGUAGAAGAUUGUGUCAGACAUAAAUGAUCCCAUCCAGUGCCUCAUACCCCUUCAGUCUCCGUUCCAGACAGUGGCUCUGGCGUCUGUGUCCCACACAGCCUGUUCCCAGCUUCUCUCCGGCUUCCCUUGUUCAUGAUUCAAUCAUCUAUUCAGUGUUUCCUGGGCCUCUGCUCAGAGGCAGGCCACCGGCUGGGCCCUGUGGAUCCAAAUGCAGCAUGACAAAGGCUUUACUAUCUGAAUGAACUGUCAAGGGAAGCACUGAGAGGGAAUAAUCAAGACUGCCCAGGACCCUCUGUGUCUUGGGUUGGGAAGGAUGAAUAGGAGUUCGCAGAUGUAGGAUAGGAAGGGUGUUCCAAGCCGAGGGGAAAACCUGUGCAAAGGCCAACAGGUGCUGGAAGAAGCCGCUCAGUGGGGCUGGGGCUGGGGGUGGUCUGGACUGUAAUAUGCCCUGGAUGUAAUAAAGUGGCUGUGACAGUA